CCAUGUGGGGUACCUCGACGGAGCUCGUACCCGAGCGAGGGAGGAGGGGCGCGCCCUGGCUACGUGCGCUAACGCCAAAGGCGUGCACGCGCCGCGAGGGAUACACUUUAAUAGAUUGUAUUAGGCUCGUACCAUGGUAGCUUCCACGUCUCCUUAAACGGUACUGAUCGAAGCAUGUGAGCAGCAAGCGGAACGAGCGAGCACCGGCAGGCGGACAGAUGGCAGCCGCUUCGGAGAACGAACCGGCGGCCGAGGACAAGAUAGGAGUUUUCCUAAAGCAGAAGACUCACGAAGCCAGUGACUGCUCCCUCGGGAAAACUCUAUCGGACGAGCCGCAUGUCCUCCGCCUGGCCAGGUACUCGGAGGAAGCCGCCCUCAAUAGCGGCGAGGGGGACCCUGGUGCCAUGAAUAAAGCGCACGGUAAAGCCGCCGCUAAGGAGCACCGGAGGACCAGUUCCCAUAAACUAGUAGUGCAAUAUAUAGUGCCGUGUAUGAAGUCUUACGGCUUGUGCAUCGUGGACAGCUUCCUCGGCAGUAAAAUCGGGGACAGGAUUUUGAACGAAGUUGUCACUCUGCACCAAUGUGGCAAGUUUCGGGCCGGGGAGUUAGUCAGCAAAAAGUCGGACCAAAGCAAGUCGAUCCGAGGGGAUGAGAUCCUCUGGGUUGAGGGCAACGAGCCCGGCUGUGAAAGUAUCGGCUACCUCCUCUCCAAAAUGGACAAACUCAUCCUGUACUCCGACGGCAUGUUGGGGCAUUACAAAAUCAGAGGCAGACACAAGGCAAUGGUUGCUUGUUACCCGGGUAAUGGCACUGGGUAUGUGAAACACGUGGACAACCCGAACGCUGAUGGCCGUUGUGUUACCUGCAUUUACUACUUAAACAAAAACUGGAAUGCAAAGGAACAUGGAGGAGUUUUGCGAAUUUUCCCAGAGGGCAAGUCUUACAUAGCGGAUGUGGAGCCCAUCUUUGACCGGCUGCUGUUUUUCUGGUCAGACAGACGAAAUCCACAUGAAGUGCAGCCGUCUUAUUCCACAAGAUACGCCAUCACGGUGUGGUACUUUGAUGCCGAGGAGAGAGCCGAAGCGAAAAAGAAAUUCAGAGACUUGACAGCUUCUUCACAGGAGCCAAAUUUGACCGCAUGAUGCAAAGUGGGCAGCUGGGAAUCCCCCCCUGCGGACACCUCCUGUGCUCCAAAGAUGACCCAUCAGGAUGUUUGCUCUGAGAAAAGACUUUUUUUUUUUUUUGGGGGGGGGUUGGAAUCCUGACCCACUUGUUACUGAUGGAAUGCGGGGUGACAAGCAGAAUGCCAUCCGGGGGGGGGCCCCACCUACCAAGUUGCCAAAUGGGGGGGGGAGAGGCACCCCCUGUUGAGCACUUUAGGACUGCGUCCAUUCCACGUCCUUUCUUUUCAAAAACCUCUCGGCUUGGAGGGGUGCAUGGUGGGUUGGCAUCCCAAAGCGACCCCCGACCCCCCCCCCCCUUACCCUUUACUGGAGAUGGCAACAGCUUGACAUAUUUAUUUAAAAACAAAACACAACGGAGUUGACGUGGACGGACGGUUGUGGUCUUGUAGUGCAUUGGCUUUCCUAUCCAAUCCUGAUUGUUGACUUGAAAAAGACGGAAAUGACGAAGGGGAGCCUCUUUAUUGAGCAAGUGCCAUUGAGGACGUUGAGGUAAUGGUCUUGUUUUUACUAAAUUAUUUUCAAAGAAAAGACUAAAACAAUUUUGGAUCAGUUUUUUGUUUUCAAUUUGCAACGGUCGCAGCUGCGCUUCUUCGAAACUCCGCUCUGGGGAGAGCCUGCCGGGUUUUGGUGCUUAGUUUUGAAUUUCAAGGCCAGGCUUCCUGCUGCUGUUGUUCCAACUUGAAAUGUUCAUUUGGUGCGCCGGCCACUCCCUUGAAUCAUUUUGAGCCGACGAGAAAGACUCCCCAACAGUUUGUGGCUGGUGGCCAUUUUAUUUCCCAGAAUUCAUCACUCUUCCGUGACAUUUACUAGGAAAUUGCAACUCCUCCUGCCUUGGGCCCAGUGCUGCCAGGAUUGAACCCCUGGCUCCCCACGAACCCUCACUGAUCAGUAACAAAAAAAAGACGAAACCGUCCAUUUGUGGGCGGGGUCUCAUUAUAAUAUGCAAAAUACAGUUCAGUUCGAUACAAUGUUUCCCAGAAACCGUUGGGACAUCGAGAUUUAAGGUCAAUUUUAUACCUCAGUGUUUAGUCUGUCAAAAGCGCUAUUUGCCCUCCCGUUUCUGUACUUUUUGUUACGUUCACCGACAUUCAUACCGAUGUUGUCCGAUUAUUUCAUAUUUCUAUCUGAUUUGUAGCAUUUUGACAAGCGGGGAUGCCACAUGGGCAGUGAAACGGAGCUACUUGUGAUACUGUGGUUGUGUGGAGAAGCGUAUUGUUGGUUUGGCCAACUGCACCUUGUACGGCACAAAUCCGCACCCCCCCACAAGACCCACUCCCACCCAUGAUGGUGACAGUGGCAAUACUCCCAAGCGGGCACAUCUAGAAUCACACCACGGAAGGUGUGGUGAAGGAAGGAAGAAAUGUUAGGACACCAGGCCUCAGGUGGUCCCGUUUUAAUUCCUCAGUGCUGGUCUUGGUGGGGCUCCAGCUCUGGUGGUGAAGGUCCAACACCUCCCGCCGGAGACAUGCGGUUUGAGAGGAAUUUCCUUGGAAAGGGCGGAGUCAGCGGGUCUCUGUGGGUGUGUUUUUUUUGUAGCUGUGGGUGCAGAAAUGGGUGAUGAGGUUAGCAACAGCGCCCCCUCGUCCUUUGGGGUGGUACAACAGCCAUAGACCCACCAACAUGUCUGCGGUGUUAUAAAGGCCCCUCCAUUUGCUGCUUAUUAAGUUCUGCCUCAACACGACUUCUCCUUUCAGGACUCGUUUGUGUUUUACACUUCGAUUUUAUUAUGAGCAGGCCUAACCACUGAGCCACCCCUAUAUUCCUAAAUUUUUGAACCCCUUCACUGGUUGUUUGCAGGUCCCCCCACUCCUUUGUAGGUGUGGGCUUUCCUUGCACCUCCUCAUGUCUUAGACAAGAGACUCAUUCUGACCUGACAUUAGGCGGGCACUGGCCAGGACCGGUUUGAACCUCGUGCUGCCAGGAGAGGGUUUGUCCACCUACGGCACUGGAUAGUGUCACGCGAAUUUUUGUCACAUAAACCCUGCACCAGUUUGUGGAUCUCAUUUAGCAGCCAUAAAAAUAAGAAGAAAAGUAGACUCAGUACAAGUGGAGGCCAUCGAUGCCCCAAUGGAGAGGCCUACUGGCUCGACUUAAUGAGCACCGAGCACCUCUCGUUUCACUGCGCCAGGAUCCGCAGAAUGUAAAUUUCAGUGCGUGUGUUCCCGGUAGCCGAUAAAACGCAGAUACGUCUGAAGAGAAGGCCGGCCGAGGACACACGCGUGGGACGAUUCUCCAUCGCUGCCAGGCCGGGCACAUAUACACACCGCUGUGCUAUAAAUGGAAGGUGGCACAUAUCCUCCAGCGAUGGCGGUCUAUGUCCAGUCCAGUUUGGAGUAUAAAGGAAGUAGUGUGAAAAAGUAAGUGCACCCCGAGGCCAACAGUGGAUCUUCAUGCACACACAGAGGCUACCGAUGAAGAUGACCUGCUGCAGUAAAAACUUGAAGAAAAUUGGCUCUUUUUGCAAAAUAAAUGAGUGAAAACGCACGAGAUGUCAACAGUCUUCCCCAUGGCAGAGUCCACCCUCGGCCCUGGAAGCUGGUAUUGCCCCUUUAGUAGAAAUUUUCCCUUUGUGUCAUGUGAAGGGGGGGGUCGGAGGGUGUGAUGGACCACCAGCAAUUGCAAGCUGGUUGUGGGUUUUCUGUUGCGGGUCCUACCCGUUUUCAACAUUUUAAAGGGAUUCAGAUUGGGGCUUUGAGGUUGCCAGUCCAUGUCACUCCUCUCUGCGGGAUUCAGAUUGGGGCUUUGAGGUUGCCAGUCCAUGUCACUCCUCUCUGCGCCAUUCCUUGGUGGAUGUGCUGGUGGGCUUCAGAUCAUUUAUCAUGCUGAAAGGUCCUUUUGCAGUUUUCACUUCACAGUUUGAACCAAUGGCCCAAUGUUCUCCACAUGUAUGCCUUGGUAUGAUGGAGGACUCGUCAUUGACUCGAUGACUGCCUCGACCUUAAGUUUCACCCACCAAGCUUUACAGUUGCUGUGAGGUUCUUCUCCUGAACUGCUGUCAGACUGGUCUGCUUUUACUUUGGUCAAACCGUCUUUGAUUCCUCCGACCAGAGCCCAUUGUGCUAGAAGGCCUGGUCUUUGUGUAGAUGUCCUUGUCCUCGGCCCACACGGCCUGAAGGUCAGGUUGUUCCCAUCUCUUUCUGAUGGUACAGUAGAUGUGUGCACUUUGACACCAACUUUUGGAAGAGAUAACCAGCAGCUCCCACGAUGCCCUGUUGGGGGCUCUGGAAGACUUUUAGUAGCAGACGGUCAGCUCUUGGUCUCAACUUGCUGGGCCGCCCAGUCCUGCACAAAUUAGGAGUUGUUUGAAAUGCACGGCAGCUGUAGGCGAUUCUCCUUAUAACGGUGGACACGAUUGAUUUGGAGAUCCUCACCAGACUCCUAGGCAGCCACGGCCUUCUUUUUGAGGGUCUCAAGAAAGCUGUUUCGAUCUGGGCAACAAUGACGGUGCACACGUCACUAGCAUAGCGGACGCCAGACCCUCGGUAUUUAUAAGAGACGGUCAGGCGACAGUGUGGUCCACCUGCAGACGCCCCGAAGAUGUUCUGAUGAUUCUAAUUUGCUGGAUUUCAGAGGGUGAGAAAUGGUGUGGUGGGGGGGUUGGUGGGUGGUGUUGGACUUCCUUCUUCCCAGUGGCAAAUCCCCAUUUUCGUUCAUUUUAGGUUAAGAAUGACUGCACCAACGUGUUACUUGUUCAAGUGGGUCACCUCUGUGGAUGUUUGGAAGUCCUCCCCUUGCACGGGGUGCACUUACUUUUUCACACGAAUGUUGGCAAUUUCAGGUUGUCAUCGACGGAGGGUCCUUGUGGUUUUAUCACUCUUGAGGACUCUUGGCUUUCUUUACCGAAUGUGCCCCAAUCUCCCCUCCCCCCCAACUUCUCUGUCGUUGAGAAGUUUCUGGAAGUUCCCCGAUUUCCAUCCCAAGUUUUAUUACGCAUGAAUGAGAUUUUCAAUGGGAUUUCAGCGCGGUGGAUUCUUAUUAUGGCUGCUGAUUAGGCCAGCACACCGGAUGCUAAUCGGAGAGAGUAACAUUAAAAAGGAACGCAAAAUACACGAGAACGUGGAUAUCGAACACGCGGCUGGGGCACAGCGGGCAACACUGGGUGCAAGGCAGGAGUUCCCCCUCUGCCCAGGGCCACCAAUCCAUCCCAGAAAAGGGCAUCUUGUUACGUGGCCAGUAAGGGAAGAAGAAGCUGAAAUGGGUGACUGUGGCACGGCACUGGACACCUCGACACGCAGAUGAAGAAACUCGAGAGGUGUGGAGGUGGCAGUGGUGGCGCGACGCUCGCUUUUUGACUUUUUAUUUUUGUUUGGUAGCCAUGUUGACACAAUGGGUACAACGUAAAGCACAAAUUUUUAGGAACUUGCAAACAACGCGCCUCGGUACACAGCAGCUAAUCCUACAAAAUUGGCCUUCAGGCUGAGGCUCUCAAGGUCUUCCUCACCCCCUGUGUGUGUGUGUUCGUGUAUAAAGGUGGUGUUAAGAACUUGUGCAAUCUCAACGGUGAUGUUGGUGGGAUGUGACGGCCGGCGCACUCCUUCAUCAGACGGCUGUGACGUGCGCUGGUCUGUCGUGACUUGAAAAAAACCAAUUCUGCAUGUUAAGCGGGUCUUUGCUUGAUUGCCAGUUUGCUUGCUGGUCAGCAACUCUGGUUGAACUGAAUUAUAAAGUCUAAUGAUGUAAAACCAACACAAAACCUGUGGUGGCGAAGCGAAUCUCGUUUUGGAAAGACGACUUUGAGAAUGUAUCAUGGCAAUAAAGCGAAUAAAAAGCCCCUGUGCACGCAAGGGUAGACUUGUA